CAUGGCUGAUGGUGAGAAGGUGAUCUAUACCUCUCUGGAGGUGCUCAUCGCUGUGGGAUGCUGUCUGGGGAACGUGCUGGUGAUCUGGGCCGUGUGGUCGUGUCGAGCCCUGAGUCAGACCACGUUCUGCUUCAUUGUGUCGCUGGCGCUGGCUGAUUUUCUGGUGGGGAUGGUUGCUGUGCCUUUCGCAGUGAUAGUUGAUGGACGGCUGAAGACUAGUUUCCACUGCUGCCUCUUCAUCAGCUGUGUGGUCAUUGUGUUGACCCAGGCCUCCGUUCACUCCUUGUUGGCCAUCGCUGUGGACCGAUACCUGCGUGUUUAUAAGCCUCUCAGGUACAGAGGAUCAGUCAAAAAGCAGCAUUUGUGGGCCGCGGUCACUGUAUGUUGGCUCUCUGCUUGUAUACUAGGCUUCAUGCCCAUGUUCGGAUGGCACAACGAAGACACCACAACAAGAGAAAACACCACUAUUACAUGUCAUUUCAUCACGGUUAUACCCAUGACGUAUAUGGUCAACUUCAACUUCUUCGCUUGCAUACUGCCACCCACCAUCAUCAUGAUGGCCCUGUAUUUGUUACUCUUCAAUAUGAUAUCCAAACAGCUGAGAAAGGAAGUCGGGCGCCCCGUGGAGUCCAGGUCGUAUUACCGUAAGGAGCGGAGACUGGCCAAUUCUCUGGCUUUGGUGCUGGUUCUGUUUGCCGUUUGUUGGAUCCCGCUGCACAUAAUGAACACGCUUGAGUAUUACAACAUUGUCAAAGUGCCCGCUGUCGCCUUUCACAUCGGCAUCCUCUUCUCUCACGCCAACUCCGCAGUUAACCCCAUAGUGUAUGCUUUUAAGGUCCCUAAGAUUAAGAAGGCAUAUAAAAGCAUCUUGAUGAAGCUGACAAGCACGGAGCAGAGGGAAGAUCAGAGCAGCCAGACUUUGGAAAAUAAUGCCAGCAGCAACUCAAACAGCAUCGUCAGGUGUACCAUGAAAAUAAACCCACAGGUGGUUUUAGCCACCAAUCACAACGGUUAGCAUGAGUCUGUUCUCAUGCACAAGAAGUAGGGAGACCAGGACUAUAAUUACACAGACAAAAGUUCAAUUAUACAAAUCGGCUGCCGCUUUUGCAUAGUUUAUGCUUGCUAUUUAAAAAUUAUUUGAAACUUUCCUAUCUGGCAGCUCCAGGAAGAUGUAUCUUGAA